AUGGCGAUUCUUUUAAGGAUACCAGCACAAGAUAGAGAAUUUAGAGCUUGUAUAAAGCUACAUCACGACGGUGGUAAAGAUGUAGCCGCUCGCGUUUUCCUCGAGGGGCCAAGAUCUUUGCAUCCACUUUACGCCAACCAACAUGUUGGGACGAAGGCUGUCCGAUGCUUCAACAGCAAAAAUGGUGCGGUCGCUCUGUACGUAGAAGCGAGUGAUCCGGACAGUGUCGACAAGAGAGUUGCUGACAUUGAAUACGACUUGCAACCUUUGCCUAAAGGAGCUACUGGCUACGACCCAUCAGAAGAAUGUAGACCUUGCACUGGCGAAGAAUUGGCACACGCUUUCUGUACGAGUGAUUUAGGUAAAAUACAAAAAAAAAGAUUAUUUUUAAACUUUAAAUAACCACAUAAUUUCUGG